CUAGCUGCAAUAAUCUUGUUGACUCACUCACAUAGGUGCUGUGUGUUCAUACAGUAACCGGCAUGAGCUGUACACUUCGUAGUUUUUAAAAGCAGACCUGUUACCAUGUACUUGCCAUUCUACCUCACUGGGGCUGAAGCUGUAUAAAGGUAACAGUUUGGUUUUAGUUUUUAAGAUCUUGCAAAAAGAUAGUCCCUCCUCUCUUCCUGGAAAAGCCAGACAGACCAGUUGGAUACCUUUCAGGCCUCACUCAGAACUUUAUUUGUUCAUCCCUCUGCCUUUUUAAAGUAGAAAGACCUGAGACACUCUUAAGAACUGAGAAUCUUCUUGAUUUAAACAAAUGGCUAAUCCCAAUGCUGUCAGCAAUGGACAUCUACAUUGUCAUCAGAAACGGAAUAACCUCUUAAAAAGUGGAAUCUAUAAGAAAAAUGGAAUUGCUAAAGAAAUUCAGAAAAAUGGCAUAUCAAAUGGAGGGCUCUACAAAAGGCCGUUUAAUGAACACUUUGAACAAGCACCAAUGUAUGUUGCUGUUUUGACUUAUUUGGGCUUUGGCGUUGGAACAAUAUUUGGCUACCUGCGAGAUUUUAUGAGAGCCUGUGGAUUAGAAAGAUGUAACCUUGCUGCAGAAAGAGAAGAACAAAAAGAUUUUGUGCCACUUUAUCAAGAUUUUGAGAACUUUUAUACAAGAAACCUCUACAUGAGAAUACGAGAUAACUGGAACCGUCCAAUCUGCAGCGUCCCAGGGCCACAGUUUGACCUGAUGGAACGUGUUACAGAUGAUUUCAACUGGACAUUUAGGUUUACUGGAAGAACUAUCAAGGAUGUAAUCAACAUGGGCUCUUAUAACUACCUCGGCUUUGCAGAAACAGAUGCUAAUGCUUUGAAAACAGUGGCUGAUGUAUUACAGAACUAUGGGACAGGAGUAUGCAGUACCAGGCAGGAAAUGGGUAACCUUGACAAACACAUAGAACUAGAGAACCUGGUGGCCCGGUUUCUUGAUGUGGAAGCAGCUAUGGUGUUUGGCAUGGGCUUUGCUACUAACUCUAUGAAUAUUCCAUCACUGGUUGGGAAGGGUUGCCUCAUUUUAAGUGAUGAGUUGAACCACACAUCUCUUGUUCUUGGUGCAAGACUUUCCGGUGCUACCAUUAGAAUCUUCAAACACAACAACAUGCAGAGCCUAGAGAAAUUACUGAGGGAUGCAAUAGCAUAUGGGCAGCCUCGAAGUCGCAGAGCAUGGAAAAAAAUUCUCAUCCUAGUAGAGGGCAUUUACAGCAUGGAAGGUUCCAUUGUGCGCCUGCCAGAGAUAGUCGCCUUGAAGAAGAGAUACAAAGCCUACCUCUACUUGGAUGAAGCUCACAGCAUUGGUGCUGUGGGACCCACCGGCCGGGGAGUCGUGGAAUAUUUUGGAAUGGACCCUGAAGAUGUCGAUGUAUUGAUGGGUACCUUCACCAAAAGCUUUGGAGCAGCUGGAGGAUACAUAGCUGGCAAGAAGGAACUUGUGGAUUUUUUACGAACUCACUCGCACAGUGCUAUUUAUGCCACAUCUAUGUGUCCACCUGUAGCAGAGCAGAUCAUUCGGUCGAUGAAAUGUGUCAUGGGAUUAGACGGAACAACACAAGGGCUUCAGAGAGUGCGCCAGCUAGGAGAAAACACAAGAUACUUCCGGCGGAGACUGCACGAAAUGGGCUUCAUUGUAUAUGGAAAUGAUGAUUCCCCUGUCGUCCCCUUGCUCCUUUAUAUGCCUGGUAAAAUAGGGGCUUUUGCAAGGCGCAUGUUAGCCAAAAAUAUUGGGGUGGUUGUGGUUGGAUUUCCAGCUACUCCUAUCGCAGAAUCGAGGGCUCGGUUUUGUGUGUCGGCUGCACAUACACGGGAGAUGUUAGACACGGUCCUGAAUGCCCUUGAUGAAUUGGGCGAUUUUCUGCAACUGAAAUAUUCACGGCAUUCCAGGUCAUCUCGUCCUGAACUAUACGAUGAAACAAGCUUUGAACUUGAAGAUUGAGUUUCCCACCCGUGAAGAGAACAUUAUGAUAUUACAAAAAAGAGAAAAAGCCUAAGAAAUAUGAAUGCAUUUCUUCCCUUCUAAGGGCAAUUUUUAUUUCUCUAUUAAUUGACCUGAGGGGAGGCACUGUUGUUGCGUUUUACUAUAUCAAAUUUCCAUGUGCAAGAGACUAUGGCUACAGAUCUACUCCCAUGGAAUUAUCUGCUUUUUAAGGUAUUUUUUAUGCAAGCAGACUCUGUCCCAUUGGUCAAGUUGCCACUGUGCAGCUUUGGUGCCUUUUUAUGAAGAGGCUUUGGCUAGUUCUUAAUUCUGGUUGAAAUAAUAAAUUUGAAACCUGAAUGGAUUCCAGUGUAGUAUGUUAGCUUACAUGAGUUUCAACUGUCAGACUGGAUAAUACCUAAUGCAUCAAUGUGGACUGCCCUGGAGGAAAUGGCAGAUAAGGAUCUUCUUACCUAAUUUCCACAUUUUGAGUUCUCAAAGGACAGCAGGUGUCAGAAGGACAUACUAGCGCAUGAGAAAACGUUCAUACAGAAACCUACUCAUAUUAAAUAUUUCUGACAGAAA